UAAAGUAUGCGCCUGCGCAUUCGGUUUUCCACGUAGCUGCAUUGCUAGAAAUACUUUUCUCUUAAACCCAAAACAGAGAGCGAAAAUAUUUGAUGUAAAGCUGCAUUCUUGCUUUAUAUUUUUAGCAUGGCCAGAUAUUUGAGACCUCCAAAUACAUCUCUUUUCAUCAGAAACAUUUCCGAUGAAUCCAGGCCUGAGGAUUUGCGCCGUGAGUUUGGUCGUUAUGGGCCAGUAGUAGACGUCUACAUUCCACUUGACUUCUAUUCACGCCGACCAAGAGGAUUUGCAUAUAUUCAGUUUGAAGAUGUGCGCGAUGCUGAAGAUGCUCUUCACAACCUGGACAGGAAGUGGGUGUGUGGCCGACAGAUUGAAAUCCAGUUUGCGCAGGGAGACCGAAAGACACCCAAUCAGAUGAAAGGAAAGGAGGGGGGAUCUUCGCGCAGCUCUUCGCGGCAUGAUGAUCGGGAUUAUGAUCGGGACAGCCGUCGUAGGCGCUCUCGCAGCCGUAGCUACCAAAGACGCAGGUCACGCAGCCCAUCCUACGAUCGCCGGCCCAGACGCUCUGAGAGUCCCAGAGACUCUCGUGGAAGGAUGUACGGCGGUACAGGAAGAAGCAGGAGUCCGGAAAACAACAGGCACCGACCCCACCGACGACCCCCCCCUGGGCAUUCCCCUCACAGCCAAUCCCGCUCCCCUUCUCACUCCAGAUCCAGGGCCCAGAGGGAGUCCAGAGGAAGGUCUCGUUCCCGCUCUAAGUCCCUGAGCCCACGAGAUAGCGACUUCCACCCAGCACCCGGUGGCUAUGAGCCGCAGGACGUUGCGUCGUCUCGUAUGCGCUCCCCAUCCCGCUCGCAUUCUCGCUCCCUCUCACGGUCCCGUUCUCGCUCCAGGUCCUGGACUGGGCGCAAGUCAGGGGGACACUAAAACAUAUUUGUUGGAUCCUUUUGACUGUAGUUGUGUCCAAAAUGGCUUGCUGGAUAAUUGAAUGUUCAUGGAACGGUUGUUGGUUGGUUUGGGGAAAUGAUCUUCCUUUGUAGUUUUUAGCUUUAAAAAAAAAAAAAUUGAAUGGAUGACAAAAGAGAAACACGAUAUCCUGUUUAAAUCAGUCCCAGAAAUGUCACCUUUUUUAUAUUUACACACCCUCCAUUUCUAGUCAUUAUAUCCAAUUCCCUGAGUGUACGAAACAUUAGGAAUUGCUUCCUAAUAUUGAAUUACACCCCCCUUUUUACCCUCAGAACAGCCUCAAUUCAUCGGGGCAUGGACUUUACAAAGUGUUGCUAGCCCAUGUUGACUCCAAUGCUUGGAGUUGUCUGGAUGUCCUUUGGAUGGUGGACCAUUCUUGAAACAGUUGUGUGAAAAACCCAGCAACAUUGCAGUUCUUGAUACAUUCAAACCGGUGCGCCUGGCACCUACUACCAUACCCCAUUCAAAGGCACUUAAAUCUUCAUCCCUUGAAUGGCACACAUACUCAAUCCAUGUCUCAAUUAUCUUGAGGCUUAAAAAUCCUUCUUUAACCUGUCUCCUCCCCUUCAUCUACACUGAUUUGAAGUGGAUUUAACAAGUGACAUCAAUAAGGGAUCAUAGCUUUCACCUGGUCAGUCUCGUGGAAAGAGCUGGUAUUCCUAAUGUUUUGUGCAGUCAGUGUAUAAGUGUUAUGCCUUUCAGAAGACAGGGCUAGAAGUACUGUAUAGGCCAAGAUCAAGUCCCGUGAUUCAAUCCAAUCAUUGUUUACCGUGAAUGCGGGAACAUUGCCUUGAAAAGCGGUAAUCGGAUUGAAUCCCUGCCGUUGUCGCUAAAAUCCUUACCUUCACUUUCUUGUCAAGUACAUUAGGCCCCAGCUUUCAGUUGGUAUGCUUGAAGUGUAAGUUACCUGGGGUGUAAUCAUUAGUCCAAAAAGUUUACUCCAAACGGAAAACGUUUUGCAACGAAAACUUUACUUUGGUUCUGUUUGUUUCCUAGUGAAACGUAGCCCCGGCCUGUGAAAGAGCCACAAGCCACUACGGUAGCACAGUUCAUUUUCUACCAACAUUUGUUUACGAUUUGUUCAGCGAUAGACAGGCCCAUGUUACAUUGGCUUGUCCUAUUUGAUUUGAUAAAUUCUGGUAGUUCAUAAUUCAUGUCAGUAGCCUCAUAUCAACUCUGAAGAUUUCUAAAUUUGAUCAAGUUGGCGAUGGUUUGUACAUGGCCUUCUGUAUGUUUGACAUUUCAGGACCUUGAUCCUUCACUUUGUUAAUACUCCAUACUUUGCUAAACGGUUCCCAUGAUGGCUUGUGAUGGCUUCUAUUAUUCUAUAUGCUUGUUCUUUCCUAAAACAACUCAAGUGUAGUCUUCCUUCCAAAUAUGUCAGUUAUGCUCUACUGUAUAUGCAACUGUAUUUUCUUGAGUAAUAAAUGCUUGAAGUCA